AGAAAAAUGGGGAGUACUGGGGCAAAGAUGAGAGGAUGCUGGGGAGAGGUCAGGGCUCCGAAGGGCACAGCUAGGGUGAGCAGGGACUCAGUGUACCCUCUUCCUGGUUCCCCACCCCCGCCCCGUCCCCAGCAUCAGCAGCAGGUGCUCCAGGCUGUAGAACGCGCCAAGCAGGUCACUGUAGGGGAGCUGAACAGCCUCAUCGGGCAGCAGCAGCUCCAGCCGCUGUCCCACCACGCCCCUCCCGUGCCCCUCACCCCCCGCCCAGCCGGGCUGGUGGGCAGCAGUGCCACGGGGUUGCUCGCCCUGUCCGGAGCCCUGGCUGCCCAGGCUCAGCUGGCCGCGGCUGUCAAGGAGGAUCGUGUGGGCGCAGAGGCUGAGGGGUCCAGAGCGGAGAGAGGCCCGAGCAGGAGUGUGUCUCCCUCGCCCCCUGAGAGUCUGGUGGAGGAGGAGCGACCCAGUGGCCCCGGUGGUGGUGGGAAGCAGAGAGCCGAUGAGAAGGAGCUGUCAGGACCUUAUGAAAGCGAUGAAGACAAGAGUGACUACAACCUGGUGGUGGAUGAGGACCAACCCUCAGAGCCCCCCAGCCCGGCUACCACCCCCUGCGGAAAGGCACCCAUCUGCAUUCCUGCCCAUCGGGACCUGGUGGAUAGUCCAGCCUCCUUGGCCUCAAGCCUUGGCUCACCGCUCCCCAGAGCCAAGGAGCUCAUCCUGGUAAGGAGGAGGAGAGGGCCUUGAAACUCACUUUAUAAAUCCUGGGGGCCUUGAAACAGACACUAUGUCAUGACACAGAGAGCAAUGAUGAGAAAUCAGCUAGGCUGGGGUUGUCUACCCUCUCCUUGUGUGUGUGUGUUUUUUUUAACCUGCUUGGACUGACUUUCUUGAACCUCAGUAAGUACUAAAAGGCAACUUUAUAAAGAAGCUUUCUAGGUACGUUUUAAAAGGCAGUUCACCACCUUACAUGGAAAGCAGGUCUCUGGCAAUCGAUAGGAAAUCCUAUGGAAAUAAACACAGUGAAAGCCCAGCCAUAGAAUGGGCAGCUAGCUAGGCUGGACCCAGGCCUGCAUGUGCUUCGCCCUUCCAGAGGUGCUUACAGACGCACCAGCCCCAAGCCGAGAUGCUGUCCCUGGAAGGAAAGAUAAUUAAUAUAGAAACAACUCUCCAGUUGGAUCUCCUGGAGUUUAAUGCCAGGCACGUGAGCCAUCUAAAAGCACCCCGAGGGCAUUUGAAAUUCAGCUCCUUUUGCAGCUCCCCUCACCCCAAAUCUUCCCCAGAUCCCCCUCCCUGGCACUUACCAGGGGAAGAGUAUGUCAGUUUCGAGGCCUCCCCUCCCGGUUUCAAGGCCUCCCCUCCUGGCAGGUUACCAUGGCAACCACCAGAGGCUGGGGCUCCCAUUCCAUCUUAAGUGCCCUCCUCCCACUGCGGGAAAACCUCACAAGGGGACGGACGGGGCAGCUCCGUUGUAUUGGAGAACCCACAGUUGUCCCCUCCAGUCUUUCGCGGGUGCCGGAGCUGUGCGGCUGUCACGGUUUGUGCGAUGGUGUCGUGGGAAGCGGAGACAGACGAGACACAAGGAUGGGAAGUUUCUUGGAAGGCGGGGAGGUGAUGACAUGAAGCGAGAUAACAGAGCCUGCCUUCGAUGCUGGUCCAGCUGCUGGUUUCAUCAGAGCUCCCCUUGGGGAGGGACAGCUCUGGGUGACGCCUCCCUCUCGGCGGGGAACAAGGAGGAUUGCACUGUGUAGUGGGGGCUCUUCCUUCACCUGGGAAUACGCCGCUGUGGGGUCUGCCUCUCCGGGAGCCCCUCCCGGAGUUUCUAAUUCCUUGCUCUUCAAGAAUCUCAACAGGGGCCGGGGGCGAUGGUUCAUGCCUGUCAUCCCAGCGCUUUGAGAGGCCAAGCCAGGAGCAAGAGCUGGAGACCAGC